AAUAAUUUUCAAGAUGGAAGUACUCGACACAUGUUAUGUCAGUACAGCGUGUAAUAGAACUUGUCACGCUGCUAAUUGGGGACAGAACAACUUAAUUUGCUAUGGAUCAUGUAAUGCCGUUUGCAUUUACAAGCCUGAGGUUGGUAACAAUUCACCAUGUGAGAUAACACAGACUCUCUGUGGACAUACUGAUAGAGUCAAUUGUGUCAACUGGAUUAAAAACACAGCAAAUUGUGAAGAAACAGAGUUUGUAUCUGGUUCUGUGGAUAAGUCAGUCAUUGUAUGGAAAAAAGAAAAUGAUAAGUUUGUGGAGAAAGUGUGUUUAAAGGGUCAUUCACUAUCAGUUAAUGCUGUAUGUGGUAUCCAUCUUGAUAAAGAAUCUCAGUCUAAUAACAAAUCUAAUGUUGAAAAUAUAGAUACUAUCAUAGCCUCUUCUUCAACUGAUUCUACUGUUAAAAUAUGGAGACAGUCUCAUGGAGAGGAUUUCAAAGAGCUACAGACUAUAUCAUUUGGAAGUGGAUUUUCUUUAGAUGUGGUGUUAACAGUAAUUCCAAAUACACAAGUUCCAAUACUAGCUUGUGGCGCAGAUGAUCAGAAAAUACAUAUUUUUACUUUUCAAGAAGAUACGUUUGUGAAAUCUAUUGUAAUAACUGGACAUGAAGAUUGGGUUCGUGGCUUGGAUUUUUCAGUCGACAAUAAUGGAGAUUUGUUAUUGGCUAGUUGUGGUCAGGAUAAUAUGAUAAGAAUAUGGAGGUUCUCUAGACGAGAGAGUAGUUCAGGACAGCCUGUUCAGUCAGUGAAAGACCUUACUUUAAAUGAAGAUAUCAAAAUGCAAGAAAAUACUUUUACUUUUGACAUAAAUGGUCAGCUUUGUUAUUAUGCUGUGAUUCUAGAAUCUGUUUUAAGUGGACAUGAUAAUUGGAUCUACAGUGUAAAAUGGCAGAAACCCUUCAAAUCAGAAACUGGUGAAUUGAAUCAGUCGAUGAGUUUAUUAUCAGCUUCUAUGGAUAAAACAAUGAUUGUAUGGAAACCUGAUCCUGAGGCUCAUGUAUGGGUUGAACAGGUUCGUGUUGGAGAAGUAGGGGGCAAUACUCUUGGUUUCUAUGGUGGAAUGUUUGGACCAGAUGGACAAUCUAUAAUGGCACAUGGUUACCAUGGUGCUUUCCAUCACUGGUCAUUUAAUGAUAAAACUAAACAGUGGGAUCCAUCUGUGACUGGUGGUGGCCAUUUUAACUCUGUGGAAGAUAUUGACUGGGAUAAAGAUGGUGGCCAAUUUCUACUGAGUACGAGUACAGAUCAAACAACACGAUUACAUGCACCCUGGGUAGUUAAAGAUAGACCAGUAAAAUGGUAUGAAAUAGCCCGUCCCCAGGUACAUGGUUACGAUUUACAGUGUCUCACUAUGAUCAAUAGAUAUCAGUUCGCCUCAGGAGCAGAUGAAAAAGUUCCCAGAGUAUUUGGUGCACCCAAAAACUUUUUAGAAAACUUUUGCAGAAUAUGUGGAGAAAAUCUUCAAAAUGAACUGAACAAAAAGGAAGCAGAAUCACUACCAGAGGGAGCCAGUGUACCAGCUUUAGGUUUAUCUAAUAAAGCUGUGUUUUCAGGCGAUGUUUCAUCAAAUAUACAGGAAAAUACAGAAGCUAAAUGGAAUGAACAGUACCCUGAAGUCUUUUUCAAUCCUCUUUCAAUAUCAGCACCACCAAGUGAAGAGAAUUUGUUACAGAAUACAUUAUGGCCUGAAACUCAGAAAUUAUAUGGUCAUGGUUAUGAGAUAUUCUCAAUAGCUAGUAAUCCUAGCGGAACAAUAUUAGCUACAGCUUGUAAGGCAACCAAAGCAGAGUAUGCAAAUAUAUUAUUAUGGGAUACAACAACAUAUAAACAGGUCGGGUCACUAGAGGGGUCAACAUUAACAGUAACCCAGUUAGCUUUCUCACAUAAUGGACAGUAUUUACUAGCUGUAUCUAGAGAUAGAACAUGGUCACUAUAUUCCCAAACAACAGGUGAUAGUGGUUGUAUGUUUGAGAAAGUAGCAUAUGUUGAUAAAAAGACCACAUCACAUUCUAGAAUUAUCUGGUCUUGUAGCUGGACAUGGAAUGAUGAAUAUUUUAUAACUUCAUCGAGAGAUAAAAAGGUUAUGAUUUGGUGUGUAAAGGAUGUCUGUGAUAAAAAUAAAGUACCCAAACCAACCAGUAUAUUAGAUUUAACUGAUUCUGUAACAGCUGUAGAUAUAGCUUCAAAAUGUUUUAAUUAUAAUACGUAUUUAAUCAGUGUUGGAUUAGAGAGUGGUUGUAUAUUAUUAUAUAAAUGGAAUCCAACAGAUGUAGACAAGUCAUGGACACGAUGUGCAGCAUUAAAUAAAUCAGAAGCUCAUCAUUUAGCUGUGAAAAGGUUAAAGUUUCGGCAAUAUCUUGGUCUAGCACCAGACAAAAAGGGAGAUAAUUCAUCCAUAUUACAGUUAGCCAGUUGUAGUGCAGAUCACGGUGUUAAAAUAUAUAAUAUUCAUUUAGAUAAAUUAUGAUAUUUAUUAUUUUCUUUUAACAUGUUUCACCUUUCAUAUUAUAAUGUGAUAAACAGAUUAAAAUUAUCUCCUGUUCUUUA